AUGGACUUCUUAGAUGAUGAGGCCGAUGCGAGCUCCGCUGAUGAGGAGGUUCUCGUUCCGAGCUCCCAGACCGAUGACAAUCCUCGAUCUCGAAAACGCCGCCGGAUCAAACAGCAUCGUGGGAAUGCCUUCAAUGGCGACGAAUAUGACCUACCACCCGGCCGAAAAGUUCUAGGCCCUGGAGGCGACAGCGAUGGCAGUGACAAUCACAGAUCGAAAUACGAAGACCAUAUUCACAUUCCUCAAUGCAGAGAUCAACACGCCGACACGUUCGUGACCCAGUUGACUCAGCAAUGGUCCAGUCCUUCGAGAAUCAGAGGACCACGAUGGGUCAAGCCUCGAGACAGCGUCGCUCCUCCAUCCUCGCAGUCGCGAGCAAAAUCUCCCGCGAUCCAAUCAGAUCAAUCUACUAAAAUUUGGCCGCCGGCCGAUGACUUUGACGACGAUGAAGACGAUAUCGCUUUAAUAGAGGCCUUUGAAGCGGCCGAGUCUGCACGUUCACUCAACAGCAAUCCAAGCCGGAUGAGCACCAAUCCCGCGCACCCCUCCACCACUGCUCCACGUGCUUCUCUACAGAGAUCCACUUCCUUCCGUCAAACGACUUUACAUGGGAUUCAUACCACGCAGCGAGAGUUACCUCCGACCCAAACACAAUCCCGAACUCAUACGUGGCCACUCGCAAGCAGGAAUGAACCUCCUACCCAUCACGCCAUCAAUCGAGAUGCCAUGAAUACUUGGGUUUAUCCGACUAACCUUGGCAGAAUUCGAGAUUAUCAGUACAACAUCGUCCACAAGGGUCUUUUCCACAACCUCCUCGUUGCUCUUCCCACCGGGCUGGGAAAGACAUUCAUAGCCGCCACUGUCAUGUUGAAUUGGUUCAGAUGGACAAAGGAUGCCCAAAUUAUUUUCGUGGCGCCGACAAAGCCACUCGUGUCACAACAAAUUGACGCUUGUUUCAAUAUUGUUGGUAUUCCUCGAUCCCGAACCACCAUGCUGACGGGAGGAGUUCAGCCCGCCGUCCGGGCCCAGGAAUGGCAAGAGAAAAGAGUCUUUUUCAUGACGCCUCAAACUCUGAUUAACGACUUGAAAAAUGGCAUGUGUGAUCCGAAAAAGGUGGUCCUUGUCGUGGUCGACGAAGCGCAUAAAGCCACGGGAAAUUAUGCCUAUGUUGAAGUGGUCAGAUUCUUGAGGAGAUUUAAUUCAAGUUUCCGUGUCCUGGCUCUGACUGCCACACCCGGAGCAAUGGUCGAGUCGGUGCAAGAAGUAAUCGACAGUCUUGGCAUCGCUCGAGUCGAGAUCAGGACUGAGGACUCAGUUGACAUUCGUGAUUUCGUCCAUUCUCGAAACACCGAAAUCCAGCUAUUCGACAACUCCGAGGAGAUUUCUAUGUCGCUGGAACUGCUGUCUGCAGCACUUCAACCGCUAAUGAACAAAUUGAAUUCUCAAAAUGCAUAUUGGGGCAAGGACCCCGAGAAGAUCACUCUUUUUGGUCUAAAGAAAGCUUCGGAUCAGUGGAGGUGUUCAGAGGCAGGCCGGGGCGCUCCAUUCAGCGUCAAAGGAAUGGUCCAAGGAAUAUUCAACGUCCUGAUGAGCAUGGCCCACAAUCUCGAACUUUUGAAAUUUCAUGGCAUUGGUCCAUUCUAUCACAAAAUGAAGUCCUUUGCGGACGAGGCCUCCGGUGGCGGCAAAUAUGCCAAGCAGGUUGCAGAAGAUGAGAAUUUCAAGAAGCUGAUGAAUCGGCUGAGAGGUUGUGUCAACAAUCCUGAGUUUGUUGGGCACCCCAAAUUAUCCUAUUUGAAGACCGUGAUUCUCAAUCAUUUCAUGGAUGCUGGCGAAGGACAGGGGAGUCCGACUCAUCCAUCAAGCACAAGAAUCAUGGUCUUUGCCCAUUAUCGCGAUAGCGCGGAGGAGAUCGUGAGGGUGCUCCAUCGGCAUGGGCCCCUGAUACGAGCACAUGUUUUCGUUGGUCAAUCUGGCACCAAGAGUUCCGACGGUAUGGACCAAAAGACCCAGCUUGAUGUCAUGAACAAAUUUAAAGCCGGAAUCUACAACACGAUUGUGGCGACAUCCAUUGGCGAAGAAGGGCUUGACAUUGGCGAGGUCAACCUGAUUGUCUGUUACGAUUGCUCCAAAUCACCGAUUCGGAUGUUACAGCGAAUGGGUCGCACGGGCAGAAAGAGAGCAGGUAACAUUGUCUUACUGCUGAUGCGUGGAAAAGAAGAAUCUGAUUACUACCAAGCCAAAGACAACUAUCAAAAAAUGCAGGAAAAAAUUGAAAGUGGCAAAGAAUUUCAGUUCCACGAAGACCUGUCCCCUCGGAUCGUACCGAGGGACAUCGUUCCUGCUGUCGACAAACGUGAAGUCGAGAUUCCUAUUGAGAACACUCAAGCCGGGCCAUUGGAGCCCAAAAGGAGGAAAGCAAGGAAUGCGAAGAAACCAGCAAAGAAAUUUCAUAUGCCUGAUGGUGUCGAGACCGGCUUCGCCUUCCUCGGUAACAGCAAGAAGACUGAUGGGCGGGAAAAGAAGACAGUAAACGUUUUAGAACCCAAGACUGAUCGAGACCUUGCCACACUUCCUUCUUUAAGCGAGGUUUUCCUGACGAAAGCCGAGGAAGAUCAGCUGGAAGAGAGAUAUGUCCGACUCGCUGGAACGGAAGACGAGUUCAUUCAGUACGUGAGAUUCGACGCUUUUCCCGAACAGCAGCAACGGCUGGGACGGACAAAUACUGUUGACCAUUCGAGAGCUACGCGAACACUUGUAAAGGCCUUCAAAACAAUGCGAGAUUCGUAUCGGGAUUGGAGCCGACCAUGGGAAUAUGAUGAGGUCGAAGAACUGGAUGAAAAUAGGCAAUCGGACUCGAAUGCGAAGAUUGUCAAGAGGCGCCCUGCAGACGCCUCCCGGGUGCUAUUGACCUCUGAAUCAUCUAAUACGGUUGGGUCUCCGGGUCAAUAUGAUGACCAUGAUAGCUUCAUCGACGACGGAGAAUUCGAUGGGGCUCAACAAGAGACGGAUUUAAGUGAUAUUAGUGUCUCUCCGCCCCAACGUUCUCCGAGAGCUGAGAAGCGAUAUCAUGUCACUCAACUCAGCGUCAAUGAGGGAAUGAACGAGGAUUCCUCUGAGCUUGGUUCUAUCAUGGCAACGACCGGGUCAACUAAAUUGUCUCCGACGACAGAUUCUAUACCGCAUGCAUUGAAGGCUCAGAGGGCGCGGCGGGUUCUGGACAGUGAUGAUGACGAAUAA